AUGGUGCUUCGACAUCCUGCAUGUCUUGGCUCGGUGGUCUUGUUGGCGUUGGGCCUGACGCCCACGGCGGGUCGCGUUUCUCCUCGGUUGUUGGCGCUUGGCAGCAGCUUCUCUGGCAGGCAUGAGAAUGGAAAACAACGGCAGCAACCGGAGCAGGAGAGCUUGCAGCAGCGAGCCGCGGCUCUGCGGCUGGGUGGAGAUCGACAAUCCUUCUUGGCGCAUAGCGGAAACGGUCGGAAGGGCGCAUGGGGACUGACAGUGGCAAGCGGGCUUCGGGGCGGGGCAGAUGAUGAGGAUAGUGACGACGAAGACUACGAUGACGAUGAGGAGGAGGAGGAGGAUUUCGGGGAGGCGAGCUUCGUUGACCGGCUGAAGCAAGACUGGAAGAAGACGCCCGUCAUCACCCGGGCGUAUUUUCAGGUGAGCGUUGCCAUCACCUUGGCCGCAGCCGCGUUGAACGAGAACCAAUGGCCGACUUUCCUGCUUCUCGACUGGCGGCCGGCCAUCUUCAAGCUGCAGCUGUGGCGGCUGUUCACGCCGUUCCUGAACCUGGGGCCGCUGGGCCUGAACUUCGCGCUGACCGCUCACUUCGCGUGGACGUACAUGAGCCACCUCGAGAAGCUCCACUACCGGGAGCCGCACACCUUCGUCAUGCUCCUCGCCUUCGGCAUGAGCAGCCUGCUAUUGCUAACGUUGGUGACGGGUGGUGAUGUGAACUCGAGCUACACCCUGGGACACAGCAUGAACUGUUUCCUGGUGAUGAUCUGGAGUCGCAAGUUCGCGGGCACUCGGGUGAACAUGCUGGACAUGUUCGAGCUGCCGACCGAGCUGCUACCGUACUUCUUCGUGGCGCAGACGCUUAUGAUGGAGGGCGUUAUCCCGUGGGUAGACCUGAGUGGGAUUCUCAUCGGCUACGCUUGGCAGACUCUGUCCCUCAAGGGCCUCCUGAAGGCUCCCAAGCCCCUGGUGAACCUCUUCAGGAACAACGCCUUCUUGCGGGCCGAGUACGCCAAGGCCGGCAAGGAGUACGGGCAGGACGUGCCGUUGCACGACGACGACGACGACCACGAAGAAGACGACGACAGCGACGCCACCCUCGAUGAGGCGAGCGAAGGCUCGAAGAAGGGGGAGGCCGCGGGGAGGACGGGCAAGGGAGCAGCGGGGAAGCGGGCCGCGGCGGCGACGGACCGACAGGCAUCGUCCGAUGCGGCGAGAAAAGCGGCCAGGGGGGAGGGUGCAGGGAAGGCGGCGGAGCCCGUGCCCGACGAGGAGGUUAGCGACGAUUCGGGGACCAAGGAGAGUCAAGCGGCGGAGGGGGGACGCGGAGGGGAGUACGUGAGCGGGGAAGAGAGCGAGGAGCUGGCGGACGUGAAAGAGUUCGACGAGGAGGCCGAGAGCAUGCUCGAGGAGUUCGAAGGCGACCUCGACACCGCCCAAGACUUUUCCGACUCGUCCGAGGAGGAGGACUCGGACUCGGACGAUUUCUAG